AUGCCCGCUAAGACGAUGAGCACAAGGAGGAGAAGGCGAAAUCAGAUUUUCCCCCUUGCCAGUGAGAAAGGUGGCUACGCGCGAAAAUGGGGCAUAUGGGUGAUGGACGCGCAGCAGGGCACGGUAGUGAUUGCCAAGGUGGACCCUUCAAAGCCAGCCGCGAGUGAUGAAAAGUUGGCUCCAGGGAAUACGAUUUUGAACAUUGGGGGAAGAACCUGCAAAGGCAAGAACGCUGCUCAGGUGGCCGUUCGGCUCAAUGAAUGCCCCGAAUACACAUUUGUUGUUCUGGAUACACCGGAUGAUGGCACAGAGACUGAAAACGAAAGCUGCAACAAUAACUCAAGCAGAAGGAGAAGACAGAAGAACAGAAAGAAGAAUACGGCAUUGCUUCGUUACUCGAAGCCCAAAUCUGGGGGGUUCCUUGCAAGCUUGACUUCUUUCUUUCCAAGGCGAGCGGGAAAGCAAAGUGCCCAGCCAACCAGUAACUCUUAA